ACAAUGCCUCCAAAUGUAUUCAUUAAAAAGAAACCUGUGGUUCAGUACUGGUAAAAAAAAAAAAAGCAGAACUUUAAAAUUAUCUGUAAGACUUAAAACAACAAUGCAUUGACGAGCAUUUUCAUUGGCAGCUUGUACAUCCCUGCUAGAGAAUAUCAUCAAAACCCAAGAUAUGUUCUACAUUCUUGGAAAAAACUACACUUUAUAUUUAUUUAUUUUAAAUAAACUGCUCCACUUUAAAGAGAAUCAAUGUAAUCAGAUCAGUUUUAGGUCUAGUGUUACAUCAGGACCACAACACAUUACCACAACCUCUAUCCUAUGCUUCUAAUAGGUUGACCUGACCAUAAUAGUCCUUUGUCCUUUCAUGCUUUAUAUCAUAAAAAGACAAAGCCUGACUCUGGUAACAUGACAUCGACAUAAGUUAGGCCUCAUGACUGCAACUCAUAGAUUAUUAAGGGUAUUCUGUCCAUAAAAAGACACUUUUGGGGUGGUAAUGAAGAACAACCCUUCAAGUUGUGCUUUAAGACCCAUAAAAUCUGCUCUGAAUAAAACUCAGUCACAUAUUACAUAACUGAGAUGUUUUUUAAAAAAAAAGACAUCUGAAUCAUCUUUCUACAAAUCGACAAAACAAUGUUGCUCUUCAAAACAGACUCCAGAUUUAUUAGAGCACUCUUCACAUUGUGCUUCUGUACACUCGUAUGUAUCGCUUUGCUAUUCCUGGUAGCUGCACAAAGUCGUAAUGUAGUCACAAAUCAAGAUAACCCAUGUCGUUAUGCUCUGGUAAUUUAUCUCUAUGCCCCAGAUAAAAAGGCUUAUAUGCAACUAAAGGGAUUUAAUUAUGGGAAUUAAAAUCUUACAACAUCUUUGUAUUUUUUUACCCCCUGAAGUGGGCUGUAACUGAGAAUGUCUUUAAAGUUCUAAAGUAGGCAGCAAGUUUACUACAGCAUACCUACCCUUCAAUAUUCUUCUCUUUUCAAAUUUGCAGCUAAUAGAUACUUUUUGAAGUAUCUAGGCUUUAAAUUUGAACAAAAAACACAAAAUUACACCUGUAAAAACAUCUAGUUACCUGCAGGAAUCCAAGUAGAAAUGCUUCUGUUUUUGGUUGACCACAAAGUCCUCAGGACUAAUUUAUAUAAGUUUAGAAGACAGGCUACUCAGCCAUGUUGUCUGUUUGAUUAUUUUUGAAAUUCGCUCUGACACAAAUAAGUAAAUGUAAACAACAAUCCAGAUUUACAGUAUAUAAAGUUUUUCGAAACUGGCCAGAUUUUAAAACUACCGUGAUGAGCAGAUCUUAUUGAGAUUUAUCAACAGAACUCUUCUUCCGUCUACCAAAUCUAAAUCUACUUCAAACCAGGCCUUCAGAUUGAAUGGGUUUUCAAAAACACAAUCUGACUGUAUUUUCAUUGUAGUCAACUUUGAAACCAACAGAGGGCGCUGUCAGUUAACUUUGAUCAUAGGCUAGAAGAGUAAAGAUCUUUCUUUUGCAAUCACAAAGAGGGGAUAAUCAUGUUUUGUCAAUCGAUGUUUCAAGAUCUUUGCAGGGUGGGACACGUCAGAGUCCAUCAGCAGCUGCAGCUUAACAAAAGCAGAGCAAGAAUCAACUCGGCAUUUCUAUCAUUUCACAACUUUAGCGUGUGAAAGGGAAGUGUCAAAAAGGUGAAAUAAUUUGUGAAACUGGUACCAGUCUCUGUCAAGUGGCUAUUUGGGGGCUCUUCAGCAAAAUAGCAAAAGAUGAAAACCAUCUCUUUGAUGUUUGUGAGGAUUUUAAUCAUUUUAUCAGAAAUCUCAGGGUAUGAGAAUGAGGAAACGAAGAUAUAUUUUUUUUAUUUAAUUGAGAGAAGACAGGCAUACUUCAUAAGAAAAACAAAACAAUAAAUAAAUAAGGGGCAGUAUGCAUGCAGAAAAUUAUUCUCACUUAAAUUUUCAACUGUUUUUUCUUCUCUUUUUUUGGCAGGUACCAACCAGUAGCGUUUAAGGCAACCAGCUCACUGAACCCAGACACGAAAGGAAAGAAAAACAGUGACGGAUCUAAAAUUUGAAAAAAUGUUUUAAAACCAACAAACGAAUGCACUAGACUUUGACUAGGCCAUUCUAUCUGAGCUAUUCCAUUGCAGCGCCCUCUGUUUUCAGCCCACAGUAGGUUUUCUUCCAGUAUUUCCCGAUAUUCAGCUUCAUCCGUCUUCCAGUCAAGGAAGCCUUUGUCGCAGCAUGAUUCUGCCGCCGCCGUGCUUCACUGUGGGGAUGUUGUGCUCCAAAAAUGUUCAACUUUGAUUAUAUAUUUCCCUCUGUUUGCUGUGUGCCCAACAUGUCUUCUGUCAAACUUCAAAAGGGACGUCUUACUGCUUAGCUUUAAUAACUUUCCUGUUACCUCUUACUCAUAAACACCUUUUGUUUUUAUUUCCCACCAAUAGUUGCCGUGUCAAUAGAGUCCCACCUGAGCUAUUGACCUCUAAAGUCCCUGCAGAGGUGCCAUGGGCCUCUGGGUAGUUUUUCUCAUUACUGCUGGUCUUUUCUGGUCUCUAAUUGAGGCAUUUUCCCCUCUAAGCCUGUCAUUUUUAACAGAUUACUACAGAUGGUUUAAACCUCUGAAAAUUUAACCUUGACCUGUCUGCUGUGUUACUUAGUCUGCAAGUUUUUUUUUGUACUUUGAUUUAGGGGUAUCAGAGUGAAGGAAGUGGAUAAAUCAACACAGAUCUCAUAUUUUAUUUGUAAAAAAAGACAAAGUUAAAUAUAAUGUUCCCUUCACGUUGAUCUGUCUCCAAAAAAAAAAAAUCUGAUUUAUGUUUGUAGCUGAAGUGCAUUUUGCAAGACUCUGUACCUCCCGGACUUAUUUUACUCGUUUUCUUCUCAUGUCUGGAGAAUUUGCCCUCCCACAGUAAAAUCAUUGCCGUCAGAAAUGAUUGUAUCCCCUUUUUUUCCCACCUCCUGAGGGGAGGGCUCACUUUGUUUGCUGGCUGUCCUCCCAGCUCCCGGUUGCAUCAUGCCUGGGAACUUCGCUCCAAUGAGGGAAUCGCUUUGUGCUUUGCGGAGGGAGGGAAGGAGUGGGGGAGACACUCUCUGAUCGUCUGCAGAGCAGUGCUGAAUCCGACCAACUGGACGGGAAUUCAAACAGGACUCCGGAGGAGCGGGAUUCAUUACCUGAGGAGAGAGAGAGAGAGGAUUUCCCCUGGGAAAGCACACACACACACGCACUUCCUGCUUUUUUUUUUAUUUAUGCACUUAUUUUUGCCCUAUUGGCUGGUUGAACGUGCAGGGGACACCCUGUGUGUGUUGUGUUUUUUUUUUUUUGCUCUUGGUUUUGUGUGUGAGGAAAAGAGCCGCGCAGUUUUGUCCUUCCUGAGGUCGGGACGGGUCGGAGCCCCGCGCAGCGGCGAUGGAACGCGUUCCCACCGGGAAGUGCCUCACGGAGCCGUGCACACCCGGCUUGUCGUAGCGUCUUCUGGAUCGAUCCGCUCAGCUUCUGUUCAGGGAUUUUUUUUUUUUUUUACUGUACAGGAAGAAAGGGAGCCCGGGAUGCCCGUGAGGAACAGGUACAACCUGGUGGACGAUGUGGCGGACUCGCGGCUGCCGCUGCACAACGAGGAAGCUUACCAGCAUGGGAUUUACUUCCAAGCCAAGUAUGUGGGGAGUCUUGACGUGCCCAGGCCCAACAGUCGGAUGGAGAUCGUAGCAGCCAUGAGAAGAAUCAGGUAUGAAUUUAAAGCCAAGAACAUCAAGAAGAAGAAGGUCAGCAUUGUGGUGUCUGUGGAUGGAGUCAAGGUGGCACUGAGGAAAAAGCAGAAGAGAAAAGACUGGACAUGGGAUGAGAACAAGAUGUUGAUCAUGCAUGAUCCAAUAUACAGGAUUUUCUAUGUAUCACAUGACUCCCAGGACUUGAAGAUCUUCAGCUACAUUGCAAGAGAUGGCUCCAGUAAUUCAUUCAGAUGUAAUGUCUUCAAAUCUAAAAAGAAGACUCAGGCCAUGCGUAUUGUGCGAACUGUGGGUCAGGCGUUUGAGGUUUGCCAUAAGCUGAGUUUGCAGCAUGCCGAGCAGGAACAGUACGCCGACGGACAGGCGGACGGCGAUAGCAACAAGUCAACGGAAGAGCCCAGCAGCCACGCUCGUAAACUCACAGCAACUGAGCGGUAUGAAGAGGAUGAGGAGACAGAUGAAAGAGGGCGAAGAGGAGGGGGAGGAGGAGAUCCUUCGAUUGAUGGUUCGCUGUGCGAGAAGGCAGUCGGUGAGAUCCUGCAGAGCCUGGCCGAACUCAACGUGGUCAAACCAGGCCAGACAAUCAUGGACAUCGACAGACGGUCCGUCUUCACUGUGACGUCUCAAGGCAUCACUCCCAGCAGCCCUUGCUCUUCGUCUCUCACUCCGCUGGCUUCUCAGCACUACCUGCAGCUCCUUCAGCAGCAGCUGCAGCAGCAACAGCAGCACACUCAGGUGGCCGUCGCGCAGGUGCAGCUGCUGAAGGACCAGAUGGCAGCAGAGACUGCAGCUCGCAUGGAGGCCCAGGCCCGCAUCCACCAGCUGCUGCUGCAGAACAGGGACCUGCUGCAGCACCUGGCGCUGCUCGUGCAGCAGCUGAAAGAGAUGGAGGGCCGCUCCCCGAUGAGAGCGCAAGAAGAGCAGUCACAGCAGGACACUCAGGCUAACGGACACAAUGCUCCACAGACGGCACAAAGUUCCCAGUCGUCAUCAGCAAAAUCAUUAUCCCUGAAUCUGAAGAAUCAGUACAAUCAGAACUUGGAGCAGCUCAUCUCCUCCACGGCCACGUGGCCCCUCUCUCCAAACCAGGUUGACUGCGCCGAGUCCUUCCUGAACCUGCUGAACCUGGAGAACAGCAGUAAACCAGCAGCCUCGUUUGCAGAGCGGGACCCUUUCAUCAGAGCUAAUGGCACAGCGGAUAACAAGGAGAGCUCCAACAGCGAGAUUGUCCAGUUCUCAUCUAGAAACUCUACCAACCUGGAUGAAAAGUAUAAACAGAUAAUACCCAAACUUGACCCUCCUCCACCUUCCACAAACCGCAAGCGAUCCAGCAGGACGUUCUCUCCGGGGUCAGAGGUCCCAGCUGUGCCCACGUCUGUGGCGGCGAGUCGCAGCAGCAGCCUCUCUUUCCCGGACAUCACCCCCAGCUCCCUGUCGUCCACCGAUUUCCACUCGCUCAGCAACGGUGAGAGCAGCUCCUCCUCAUCUUCGGCCAGCGAGGACUCGGGCGUCCGCUCCGAGACCAAGUCCCUGCUGUCGCCCCUUCGCGACGACGAUGACCUUUUUGCUGACCGCGGGGCAUUUUUGACAGCGUCCAGCAGCUGUGGAAGUCCCCUGGAGCAGCACGGCGGGGCGGUCGCUUCGUCCUCUGAUUCGUCAACUACAGAGUCGAACACCAUGGCCUCGCGUUCUGACGGCUGUGAUCAGCCGCUGUGCUUUUCAUCUCCUAUGAAUGACACCUGCCUUCAUAUCAGUUUUUCGGAGGAUGAGCUUCUGGAGAGCAGCCAGGAGGACACCAACAUGACCCAGGGGAGUUAGGAUGACUUAAAUGUUAUUCAGUCGACAUAAAAAAAAUCCAGGAUUGGCUUUCAGACUAUGUUUGCACAGGGCUUCCAUUUCAGGAUCUUUAGUCGUUCUACUCACCUGUGACACAGUGCAUGUGUUGCUAAAACGCUUGUUAUUGUAUCAGUAAUUAGCCAAUAAAUAGAUUUAGUAUUUUUGUAAUGAAAUUUCUGAUCUAAUUUACUUUUUAGGGCCUAGAAUGUUAAGCAGAGUACAUGUAGCAAUAUAUUGCACUGUUGAAGUCAUACUGAAUUCACUGUAGAAUUCCACACUAACAAAGGAAACACAUUUUAUUUUUGCUAGCUGUCGAUGUGGAGCCGUCAUUUUGUAUGAUGUUUCACUUUGGUGCAAAUAAGUGGAAAAGGACAAUAAUUUGUAAAAUUCACAGUUAAGACAAGAGCAGGGGACAGAGGUGAUGUUGGGAAAAGUUUCAUCUCCUGCAAUGGACCUGGUAGGAUGAUGGAUGGGAAGAAAGAAACAAGGAAGUCAGUGAUUGGACAGAGGAGAGAUAAAAGUCAGUCAAUUUAGUUGUUAUGGUUGUUCUUGGGACUAUGGUUAGGCUCUCAUUCGUGGUAUUUUUUUUUUGUCAAGAGCAAGUGGGAUUUGGUUAUGUUGAGUCUAGAUAUAGGCUGGUAUGAAACGUUCAUGCUAGAGUAAAAUACCACAGUAUCAUGAUAUUGUGGUAUCCCAAUAUCCACAAUAUUGUGAUACCGCAAUCUAAGGCAGAACUUGAUCUAAAUGGUUUUAUAGAAAACUAAAAACAGAUACUAGGAGUGUUGCAAUACGUACAGGUCUUAAAAGG